UGCUGACAACAUUCAACAAUUUAUUGUCAAAUUUUUCAAGGCCAUUCUAAUAAUUCUCUCUGAAGUUUUAUCAUUUUAAUAAUAUUGAAUACCCCGAUAAUUAACUUGCAAAAGAACGUUUUUAUAAAUAUUGUAAACAACGUAUUAACCACGGUAGCUACUAUACAUUAACAAUGUUAUAAUAUAUGUGUGUUAAGAAGAUAUUAAUAUAUUAAAGGGUGUUGAUAAAACAAAUAUGGACCUUUUAAAAACACCGUCAGUGCAAUCGCUACUGGAUUCUGAUUUAGAAUCAGUUGAAAGUUUACAUUGUUUAGAUAUAGAAGAGUUGGAUGAAGUUGAGUAUGCGUUACCAGCUAGUGAAGCACCUACAUUAGCGGAAGUGUUAUCGACGACGGAGGAGGUAAAUGAUAAGGAAACAUCUCUAACCACCAGUGAACCCUCAACCUGUUCACCACUACAAGUCGACUUCCUACAAGCAAUAUCACAGCAACUGAUACAGGCACAAGAAAGAUCAUGGGCUGGCGCUGCUACAGCACUCAGCGUGGGAACAGAUGGAAAAUUAACUGUCGGGACCGCACACGGGCACCUUCUAUCAUUCUCGGAUCAAAUUCUUAGAUGGGUGUGUGAUGUAAAUACUGACAGAGGUGCGGUGUCGUGUUUAGCUUAUAAUAAAGAUUCCACAAGGCUACUAGCAGGAUAUGCAAGAGGUCUUAUCUGCCAGUUCGAGAGUGUGAAGGGGACAAUUUUGCGACGAGUUACACUUGGGGGUGACCUGUGGGGUACCUUGCGGGUGACAUGGGCAGGCACGUCCGGUCUCGCGCUCGACACCGGUGGCUCAGUGUGGCUGAUAAAGUUUUCACGGCCGCUGGGAGUACGCUCCGCUCGAACCUCAUGUCUGUUCUCUGGCGCUCGAGGCGAGGUGGUCGCUAUGGCCGCUCGCGAUGCUCGUAUUCUGGCCCUGGCGACACUUUCACGAGUGAUUGUAGUGGCCGGGGGCAGAGCUGCUGGCAUGCGACUCAACGGUCCGCCGGACACUCUUCCCGUCUUAGAGUGGGCGGAAACUGACGACCGGAUGUUAGUGUGCGCGCGUGCUUUAACACUACACUGGCUGUCAUUAAAUAUAACUGGUUCUUCAAUAUCACUCAGACCUGUGCAAAGAGUUGAACUGAAAUACACCCCACUGUGGUUGGGCUGGCUCGGCGGAAAUCUUGCUAUCUUUGAUGCUGAUGAAAAUUUACGGCUAUGGGGAGAUGAUUACGACAAACCUCUAGACCUCUCACAUAUAGAACUUGUUUACGCAUCUGCUUUUUUUAAGGGACACUGGACAGAUGGCCGAGUUUCAAGAGCUAUGUGCACCGCUGGCGUAAGCGCUUUGGGCGGUGCCUGUGUCAUUGAUGGGGUCCUAUACUUUCUUGGUCGGCGAGGAAUAGUUCGUGUGAAACCAAGGGAUGUACUCACUAGAGCCCAAGCCCUUUUGUCGUAUGGGCGACAUCUACAAGCCUUAAAGUUGCUAUGCUCGACGGAAGGGGUCGAUUCGACAGACCUUGCAAAACAGUUCGUACUAAAUAUAUCAGAAAGGCCGCAUGUGCUUAACAAUAAACAAGUAGCGGACCAAACUGUCAUGAUGUGCUUAAAAUUUAAUCUUAGAGAUGAAUUAUGGGGUAUUUUAUGGGAUCAGUGUUCGAAUGAAAAAGCUUUCGUCGAGGCCCUAGGCGAUGCCGCAGUUCGCGGGGAGCUGGACAGCGCUCUUCCUUCGCCAGAUUUAACGCAGGCGUUGAUUGAGCGCUUGGCGGAUUUCGAGCCGUCUUUGGUAGAAAGAGUUCUCGCGUCACUUCCUCUGACAGCCAUCGAUCCGCAUCGCGCGAGUGUCUUCACGAGGGAGAAGGGCUUGUGGCGAGGGGUCGGCGCCAUCGCUGCCGCGCUAGGUGGGAGCGCGGGCGCCAUGCAGGAGCUGUCGGCGCACACGCGGGCGCGCUGCGGCGCGGAGCGGCCCGGCGCCUGCUCCUGCGCCGGCGCCGCGCUCGUGCUGGCCGCCGCCGACGCGCUGGCGGGCCGCGCCGCCGCCGGCCGCCCGCUGCCCGACCACGCGCAGCCCUCCGCGCGGCACGACGCGUUGCGCGCAUUGCUUGCAAUACCGCAGGGCGAGGCGGAGGCGCGGUCGCCGCUGCGCGUGCUGGUGCAGCACGAGGCGGGCGCGGCGGUGCGCCUGCUGGAGCAGAGCGCGCGCGAGGCGCCGUUCGUGGGGCCGCUCGGGAAGCAGAACCGGCUGCGCGUCGCACGAGCUCUGCUGGCCUUCGCUCGAGACUUACCCGACGCUUCAGACCGUACCGAAAUCCUGGAAUUCCUUUCGGGGCAAAUAAACAUGGGAUCAUUACCUCCUGACCAAGAAGUCAUUAAGGAUCUACAAGACCUCGCUGCUAGAACUCCAGGCGAACGCGCCGAUCGCGCGUGGGUCUCUCUACUAACACAUACUAAAACCCAACUUAAUAUACAAAGCAUUUCGACUGAACUCACACAUCGCCCACGUGUCACUUGGCGAAUAAAUGCUAUGCGUAACCAACACGAUGAUACUAUAAAAGAUUUUUUUAAAAUAGAUUCACCAUCAAAUAAGGAUUUUGAUGAAUUUUUUGAAUACCUCAGACCGCGUAUUGAGGCUUCCGACGACCCGACUAGUUACAUCCAACCACAUCUCUCAAAACUCAUUGAACUUCGCCCGAAGGCGAUGGCAAUCUUGUUAGGCCAAAACAUCUCUAAUUUAUUUGCUUCAAUAUUGACUUCAUUGGCAAACCAGUCUGCUAUAGAAUUUGGUGACACAUUAAGAGAAAUGGGUAAACUACGUGGUGACACAGCAUCAGCGCACUUGCGAAAUUUAUGUACUUUAAAUCCGAGCCAAGUCCGCAGUUUUCUCUUGGAGAACCCCGGAAUCCUGCGUCCAGAAGAUGCUCUAGCUAUCGUUCGUGAGAACGGCCCUCAAGACGCUGUACCUAUUUGUCUCGAAGCCGCUGGUGACGCGAGUGAAGCGCUGGACGCUCUUUUACGACUAGCUGCUUCCAGCGACCAAGACGCCGCUGCGCGAUACAAGGUCGAGGCUGGCGAGUUGUGUGCACGCGUGUCCCCCACCGUGCCUCCGAAUGUCGCCGCUGAUAUGUGGACUAGACUAUUUCGGAGCGCUGGAGGCGCACCACCUGCGUUGCUUUUAGAAGCAAUCACAUACUUGCCCGUCGACGAAACACUCGGAAGGACCUGCGAAACACCAGAAGUGGCUCUGGCAAUCUUGGCGUGCGCGGUAAGCAGGCACAGAGGAUGGAAAUGUGCAGCCAGGAUUGCCGGUCGCGAGGCACACGAGGCCCUCGCUCGCGCGCUCGUGGCAGCGGGCAGAGGCGUCGCGGUGCGAGGCCGCUGCGUGCGGUGCGACGGGGCGCUGGCGCACAAGGCGCCCGUGCUGACGACGCACUGCGCACGCGCGGUGCACGCGGAGUGCGGGCGCGAGGUGCGGUGCGCGCGCUGCGGGCAGCGCACGCCGGAAGCGACGGCGGCGCUCCCGCGCGCGCCGCGCUGCGCCUCGCCCGCACAUGCCACUCCACCGCAAGACUUCGCGCUUGUACUUGCUGCGCCACCAAUACCUGACCUUGAAGGAAAUGUAUAAUUGUAUAUUAUGCCCACUAAUACGUCCGGAUGAUAUUUGAAUAAAUUGUUUUGGACAUCAAUUAUUUUUGCACUUAAAACCAUAGAUAUAUUUACUCGUCCAUUUGUAUUAAAAAAGCUAUGUGUCAUCAGUCCAAGUGAUAGAUAAAGCACGUCAACUGCGCUGCAGUCGCGCGCGGGUUUUUGUUUUAUAUAGAUUUUUACCUUGCAGCAAAGAAAAGCAGCUACCUUAACUGCUAUAGCUCUUCUCUAAAUAAAGAAUUGCCAAACAGGAAUAAUCUCGGGCAAAAAGUAGCAAGUUGUCCAAUGUAUGAUGACGUGGACUGAAUAAGACUGACAAGAUUAAAAGAACGAAUGGUUAAGUGGUACUUAGCUUACAAUAGAAAAACUAGACACCUACUACCAUAUUACGACUUGUUUGUGACUGUUGAGUUAAUAUUUCUUUUCAUAUUUCAUAUAUUUCGUUUAGUAUUGUAAUUUGUCAUCUAACAUAGUGUACAUUUAAUUAUUGUUCUUUAAUUUUAUCAAAUAAAUUUUAGUCAUAUAAAUUCU